CAAUGAAAGGUCGGGACCUUCAAUGUCUCUUCAAAGUCACUGUCUCCCACCUGCAGUCUUAUCUCGUCGCGUGAUCUAGCUUCCUUCCCUCAACCUUCUUCGAUUUACUGAAAACUUUCUGGUCAACCCACCCCUGUCAACAUGGCGCCCAGUACAAGAGAGGCUUCCAAGAAGGAGAAGGCUCCUGAUGCGGCACCUCCUGCCUCAGAGGCUGAGCCCGGCUCUAAACACAAGGCCGACCCUGAUUCGGAAGGCGCCAGCGAAUCGCCCAAGGCCAAGCGGAACAAGACGGAGAUCGCGGAUAGCCAUUCGACCAAGAAAGAAACUGAGGAGACCAGGCGUGCUGGCGUCGAAGCCGAGAAGACCGAGUGUCAGAGAGAGGAGAAAGAUGACCGAGACAAGAAGAGUGCUGUUGAGCCACACGGUCGAGACGCUCCCAAAGCUGUGCCGUCCAGUAUUCUCGAGAAGGGUAUCAUCUACUUUUUCAUCCGUGGCCGUGUCGGCAUUGAUGAGCCUUCUGACGUAAAUGAGAUUGCGAGGAGCUACAUCAUCCUCCGCCCUAUCGAGAGGGAUGCCAAGCUUGGAAGCGGUCCUAUUGGUGAUGCUGGCAACAGCCGCUUGUGCGCCAUCCCGAAGAAGGUGCUCCCCCAGUCUGGCAAGGACAGGUGGAUCGCGUUCGUUGAGAAGACUAGCGCCUCGUUUCAGCAGCUCAAGGAUGAAUUUUUGGCGUCCAAUGACUAUGAGACCAAGACAGCGGGUACCAGACACUCCCCCGCCGCAACACCUGUGGCCGAGGGCGUGUAUGCCAUCACCAGCACUGGGUCCGAGAGCCACCUCGCGUACAUUCUCACUGUGCCCGAGGAGCUCGGGGAGGUCCAGACGGAGCUCGGGUUGAAACAGAAAGGCAGCUUCAUAAUCAGUACCAAAAAUCCACAGUAUCCUGCCCCACCCAAUGCGCGUUUACCAAAGGGUCCAGAGUAUCCUGAGGAGGUCCUCAAAGAGUUCCGAUCUCGUCGAUGGAUGCCCACACAGCCCAAGCACCUCGACAUAGUCAAUACUCAGUUCCUUCUCAUUGGCGAGUCGUCCGGUGUCGAAAAGGUGCUGGAGCCGCAGAAGGCCGAUGAGAAAGAGAACAAGGAAGAACCAGCCGAGGAAUUGGAGAAGCUUGAGGAGGAGGAUUUACAGAGGCUUAAGGGUCUAAGCGAUGAUGACUCUGGUCGGAUCUUUGCGGACUUGGAGGUCAACGCCAAUGACUAUCCCAAACUACAGACCACGUUCUGA